AUGCAAAUAAGUAAUACAACGCUGUUGUUUGGUGCUUGUGACGGAAGAAGACAAGCUGGAAGUGGAUUCGCGGUAAACAACAAGCUACUAACAGCUGUAAAAAGUUUUAAAAUUAUAAACCCUAGAUUAACGAUCUUGACACUGGAUACAAAAUGGUUUGGAGUAGUCUUCGUAAAUGUGCAUGCUCCUACAGAGGACAAAGAAGAUAAUGAAAAAGAUGAUUUCUACUCGUUGUUAGACAAUAUACUGUGUGAGAUACCAAGAGGCUGUGUACAAAUCAUAUUAGGAGAUUUUAACUCAAAAAUUGGACGUGAAGAAUGUUUUAAGCCGAUAAUAGGAGGGCAUAGUCUACACCAGUUAUCGAAUGAUAAUGGGUGCAGACUUAUUGACUUGGCAACGGGAAGAAAUCUAAGGGUUAAAAGUACCAUGUUCCCUCAUAAGAACAUACACAAAGGUACAUGGAGGUCACCAGAUGGACGACAUGUAAAUCAAAUAGACCAUGUACUGGUGAAUGAAAGAUUUAAUAACAGUAUUAUGGAUGUAAAAACCGUACGUGGAGCCGACAGCGAUUCGGAUCACUUUCUUGUGGCAGGUAGACUACGAGUGAAGUUAAAAAUAAGACAAGAAAUAAGGAGAGGAGGAGCUACGGGACGGUUUGACAUCGCGAACCUUAACUAUCCAGUGGUAGUUGAGAAUUUUCAAAAAGGUAUAGAGGAAAAGUUAAGAAGGAUGACUGCAAGUGAGUCAGGCAGAGAAGUGGAACAAAGGUGGAAAACGGUAAAACAACUUAUUCAAGAAGAAGCAGAAAAAACAAUAGGGAAACAAAAAACUAAGAAAAAAACCUGGUUUAAUGAUAUUUUCGAAGAAGCCAUAGAAAGAAGAAGGUAUGCUAGAAAUAUAUGGCUGUCCGACACUAAUAGUGUGGGGAAGUUAGAAAGAUUCAAAAUGAGACAACGGGAAGCGAGUAAGAUAUUAAGAUGUGAAAAAAGAAAAUAUUUACAAAACAUACUUAAGGAGGCAGAACAGAAUUUUACUAGUCACAAUACAAGAGACCUAUAUAAAAAGGUUAACUUCUUAAGUAAGAAAUAUAAGCAGCCGAAGAAAUUUCUCAAAAAUGAUGAUGGAACGCUUAUCACAUCUAAAGAAGAGAUAGCAAAUAAAUGGGCGAACUAUUUCAAGCAGCUAUUGAACUGUAAUACACCAGAUAGUUUAUUCCACUUUGAGAAUAUGGAAACUAAUAAUACAAUCUGCCUAGCACCGAGUAAGGAGGAAAUUCAAGAACAAAUAAGAAACUUAAAGAACCAUAAGGCACCCGGAGAAGAUGGUAUCCCCGGAGAGUUACUUAAAAGUAUGGGAAUUGGCUUGCUUGAAUAUGUAUCCGGGCUAAUAAAAGAAGUUUGGGAAAAAGAAGUGAUUCCGGAGGAAUGGCAAACAGCGCUGAUAUAUCCUAUACACAAAAAGGGAGAUAAGCAGUUGUUAGCAGUAAGUCUAUAA